AUGGCGAAGUUUGGGUCACAGAAGCCGUUGGUGGAGAGGUCAAAUAUUGGAUCAUAUCACUUCUUAAUUCUUAUAUAUAUUAUUGUUCUUUUGUUGAGACAGGUUGUCGGUCAAUACAUUCAACAAGAAGUUUCAGCGGUCACUACCCCAGAAACAUUGCUCGCUCCUGAUCCAAUUACUGUUGGAGAGGCUUUAGAGACGGCAGCCUUUUCUGCUGCCGAUAAACCGGUUGACCAUAGCGAUGCAGCCGCAAUUCAAGCUGCUGAAAUGAGAGCGACUCGCAGCAACGAGGUACUGCCUGGUGGCAUCGCCUUCGAAGCCCAGUCUGCUGCCACUCGGAAUUCACGAACCAUGCGGUUUGAAGAUGAAGCUACCCUGUCGGACGUUUUAUCAGUAAUAACUUCAUACCGAAUUGACUAUUGGUUUUGAUUGGCAAAAAGGAAAAUUCCUAUUGGAUUUGAAAUUUAAUUUUCAUUUUAAUAACAAGAUUUCAAUUUUUGGGCAGGAUGCUACUUUUAUGUUGCCUAAGGAUAAGGCAGUGACUCGUGAAGAUGCUGACAGGGUGGUAGCUGGGGAGCUGAGAAAUAAUCCUGACAGGACUACCACGCCUGGUGGAGUGGGGG